CAGAUUCAUUUUCCAGAAAGACGUCGUCGCGUUGACAAGCUUAAAUUCGUAGCGGGCGCCAGUAGGACGACCCAGUGGAUAUCGUCAGUUGAACCAGGGGAAACGUAGCAGCCCAGUUACAUUGCUCGGGAGGGGUAAAGAGCUUGACGACAGCGCGGCUUGCUUGUGUGUGCGUGUGUUUCAACUCCGGUGUGCGAGUGUGAGGGCAGGGCUUUGCCAGGUGAUAAUGCCUUAACUGUCCCUUGUAUUCGGGCUUCGUCUUCGCAAAUUCGAACAACAGUAUUCUUGAUUGAUGCAGUUUUACAGCGACUUUGUGUGUGCGUAUGCUGUCACCACACUAUGUUCGAGUGUGUGUGCGCUCGUGUUUCUGUGAACCCAAUCGCGAACACUGUUGUGAGCCAGUGGCUCUGUCUGCGCGGCGAGAAAUAUCCGCUUACCUAAACGAAAAGUUCUCUAGCGUCGGCCGACGCACGGCACCCAGGCACACACACAGCCACAUUUGCAGAAAUACCACUACAUACGAAACGAACGUGGCCAGCACACAAGCGAAACCGGAAAAUCCACAUUUUUUAGACCUGCUCUCUGUCCCGCGUCUCUCAUCUCUUUUCAUUACGCUCUCGACUGGAACGCAAUACCAAGACCACAAUCAACAGCUACAGCUUUAGGUGUUUGAAGGUAGAUUACGUAGUUGCAAUGGGCGACUCCACGCCCAUUUGCCGAUGCCGAGUACUUUAUCUGGGCAGUGCCGUGCCCCGACAGAGCAAGGAUGGGCUGCAGGGCAUCCAGGAGCCGCUGCGAAGCCUGUAUCCUUCGGAAGGGGCGGUGGGCGCCAAGGGCAUCGACAGCUGGCUAAGCGUCUGGUCCAACGGCAUCCUGCUGGAGAACGUGGACGAAAACCUCAAACAGAUCACGCGCUUUUUCCCGAUCGAGUCGCUACACUACUGCGCCGCCGUUCGCCAAGUGCUCAUCCCAGAGCGCGGAAACACCCACCCGGAACCAAAGUUCCUCCCUCUGGACUCGCCUUUUGCGCGAAUGCCGCGCGCUCAGCACCCACCCAUUUUCGCUGCUAUUCUGCGACGUACUACCGGCAUCAAGGUGCUGGAGUGCCACGUCUUCAUCUGCAAGCGCGAGGCGGCCGCAAACGCGCUAGUCAGGUGCUGCUUCCACGCCUACGCCGACAACUCAUACGCCCGCCAGUUGGAGACGGGCGGCGGCAGUAGCGUCUACGGCACCUUAAAGAGCGGUGCCAUUAGCAAGUCUAGUUCUGACCUUACCGGCGUCGGCCUGGCUAACGGAGUCGGGAACGGGAGCGGAGGCGGCAACCACCAUCUGUCCCUUUCCGCCCAAGGAGGAUGGAGAUCGCGGACGGGCAGCACUACGACGCUAAAUAGCUUGGGCCGUGCUUCGAACGGCCACGCCAAUGGAUCAGCGAUAGGCAUGAACGGGAGUAGUGCCGUCAGUGCAGCAGAGGGCUAUACAUCCGUCAAGAACUUCUACGGUAGCAGCGCUGACCUCAACGUGGCCGUCGAUGACGGAGACGCGUCGUUUAACGGAGACGAGAAUCAUAAGGUGUGGAACGGUUCGCAGGACCAGUUGGACAGCAUCGGGCCAUUAGAGAGUCCCUAUGAGUUGUUUGCGGGAAACACCUCCACCUUGGGAAGGCCUCUACGGGCGCGUCAAAUCAGCACGCCCAUCGACGUGCCACCGCCACCAGUGAAGGAUGAGCGAAAGACGAAGCGGGACAAAAAGUUAACCAAGUCUAGUGGCAGCCAAAGCCUUUCCGGCACCCUUAUCCGGCCAAAGCCCGUACACCCUGCGCCGCAGCAUCGCUCAGGAUUCCAAGGGCCGUCGGGACCUGGGAGCGUGACCUAUGGGCACGUUUCUGGACAUGGCCUUCACGCCGCCCGUUACCAUACAAUUAGUCAUCGCGGCAUUCCCCCGGGUUCACACAGCCACCUCACCCACCACCCACCGCCCCACCCUUCACAGAAUCAGGUCCAUAUGAUGCACCACCCCCACAUUGGGGGACUACCGCCCAUGCAGAUUCCCGUGAUGAUGCCGCAGCAGUACGCGACUCUUCAGCCGUCGCGCUCAACUGGCAAGAAGAAGAAAAAGGAUAAAAAGAGUGGCGCGGGCGGAGGCGUUCCCGUGGGCAUGCCCAUAGUACCUCCCAUAUACGCCUUUCAGCAACAGGUCGUGGGUGUUCCAGCUCCCCAAUUAGCACAGUCCCUAAUCGGAGAGACGCGACCUCUGGGUCAUUCCAGCCGGAAGCUGGCGGCAUCAAUGGGGAACGGCCUAGACGACUCCGGUAAUUCUGGUGCCGAAUCGCCAUCACCAGGUGGCACUGGCAUCUACAAGCGCAAAGGACAUUUAAACGAGCGAGCUUUUAGCUACUCCAUACGUCAAGAGCAUCGCAGCCGAAGCCACGGAUCGCUAGCCAGCUUGCAGUUCAAUCCACCAGAUAUAAAGAAGGAGCGUGAGAUCGCCCAAAUGGUGGCAGGUCUUGACCUCAAUGAAGGGGAGCGGCCUAUGGGUCCGAACACACUACAGCGGAAGCAUGCCAUGACAAUGUCAAAUGGCGGAUUGCAUGGCCCAGGACCCAGUCAGCAUCCUCACGCCCAUCCUCCGCAUCCACAUGCCAUCUACGGCCCAUUAGGGCCUGCCAGCAGCUUCGGAAUGCCGCGAAGAUAGGAGUUCAUUGGGUUGAUCUGGGCCUUAUGAUUUAUACAAAAUGAUUACACAACGUUUAGCGAUCUAAAUAUCAUCUAAACAUUCUUGAUGUACACCAGAUUGAGAAGACAGGGGCUGAAUAUUUUAACGGAGCUCUGGGAGUGUAAUCCCACACGGAAACCAACUCAACAUAAAUGAAUAUUUGUGCCUUAUUAGGUUUAUGAAUAAAGUGUGUGCGCUCUCUAGUAAUCAUGAAUCCAUGAAAUACCAUACAUAAACCAUUUAGUGUGUAGAAUAUAAUGAUAUCUGACUAUGUAACGGUCACAAAGUUCUUUCGGCUAUGGAAAUGCAUUCCUGGACGAGUAGGAAAUUUAUCCCAAAUCCUAUAAUUACCUGUAUGCUUUCGAAUAUGUACUAUAAAUACCUACAAUAAAAUGUUAAAUGUACGAUCUUGGCUAAUCAAAAGCUAAUUUUUCCUCGCUCUAAAAAUAGCUUCUCAUACCUAUUAGCAUGCCAGCUCCGAUAACUAGUCGGUUCAGCUAUCCCCACUCGCCACUUACCAACCCAUGGAAAAUACCUACACCAUGACAAAGCUUUGCCAACGCUACAUUUUUGCAGACGGGGAAAGCUUAGAGUGAAGAGAAAAUGCAAUCGAUCUAUCUGAUUUGCAUACGAAUAAGCAGUGAGUUCAAACUAACUAUUUGAGGAGUAUGCUUGUCGCAGGUUUGCCAGUGGUACUUCGAACGUAAGCCAGCACAUCUUUUAACCUAGCUUAAUUAUGAAAAACACCGAAUCAAGCUUCAUAAUGUUUAACAAAACAUUUGUACUGGUGGGAAUAGUGUAGAUAUAUACAUAUGUUGUUUGCGUCGCCCAUUAGUCUUAUAGCAUAGGGCUGGCGAUAAAUAUGUCAAGCGUCAGUGCCACUGAGAAAAUUCCCAAUGAUCUCACUAAAUGCAAGGCGAAAAAACGCAACGCGAAAUUUAAUCCUUUUUCUGCGAUAUCAGUAGAUAUUGGUGAAUAAAAUGAGACAAAAAUUGUUUCAAAUUAUUCACAAGUUUGGUCGUGAACAUGUUGGGUGCUUUGUUGGAAUAAGAAGGGGCACGGCCAAAGUGCUUUUGGUAUAGCGAUAGAAAUUGGCAAGACAAACAAUAAAGCGAAGAAGAAUUAAAACAUUUUUUUAUUGCAAAUUGAUAGAAAUUUUCAUAAUUAAUAUAAAUAUGAAUAAAUAUCAAUACAUUUUUCAGAAAAGCGGGCGUGUUGACGUAAGAGGGGGUGUGGUUAAAAGUUUUUUUUGCUAAUCGAUAGAAAUUUAAAAGAUAAUAAAAAUUAUUAUAUAAUAUAAUUAAUAAAAUUAAUAAUUAAAAGUGGCAGUUCUGGACGAUUUGUGGGCUUGGCAAUAUUUGGAAACAAACUUGAGCUGCUUCUAGCUUUUAUUGUUCCUGAGAUGUCGUUUAAUACGGAUGAACAGAUAGCUAUUUUUGUAAAAUACAAUUUUGCUUUUUGUUUUAUUAUACCCUUUAGUAAGAGCGUAUACUAAAUUCGUUGAAAACUGUUUAACAGGUAGAUGGAAGCGUUUUCGACCAUAUAAAAUAUACAUAUAUACUAUUGAUCAAUAUCAAUACCCGAGUCGAUCUGGCCAAAGACGCUAGAAUAACUAGUGUCUUUGACCUGGCCCUGUCCGUUUGUCUGUUCGUCCGUAUUAACGUCGAAAUCUCAGGUGUUGCCAUGCACACUCUAACGACAAAAAACUCUCCAAAACUGACACAUACCGCCCAAAACGGCCAUGCCUACACCUUAGAAAUUAUUUUUUAUAUUUAUAUAAAUAAAUUUCGCGUUCGCAUUUCCACUGUCGGAGAAAUGGGACUGAAAGCAUACAAGUAAUUAUACGAUUUGGGAUAAAUUUCCUACUCGUCCAGGAAUGCAUUUUCUUAGCCUAAAGAACUUUGUGACCGUUACAUAGUCAGAUAGGGUAUCAUUAUAUUCUACACACUAAAUCGUUUAUUUACGGUAUCUCAUGGAUUCAUAAUUACAAGAGAGCGCACACACUUAUUUCAUAAACCUAAUAAGGCACAACUAUUCAUUUAUGUUGAGUUGAGCUCCGUUGAAAUAUUCUUCCACUAUCUUCUCAAUCUUAUUCUAGAGACAUAAGCGCUGCUCAAAUUUUUUUUCAAAUGUUGCCACGCCCAUAAACCGCCCAGGACUGCCACGCUCACAAUUUCGAAAAAUAUUUUGAUAAAUAAAUAAAUUUGUAAAUUUCUAUCGAUUAGCAACAAAAAAAAACGUUUUGCCACGCCCACAAUUAUGCCCACAAACAUCCCAGAACUGCCACGCUAAACAUUUUUGAAGUUUUUUUAUAUAUAUUUUGACACUUUUUUUACCCAAAAAACGUUUAGCCACGUCCACUCUAACGCCCACUUACCGCCCAAAACUGGCACGCCCACAUUGUCAUGUCUUGUGUUGCCAACUUCUAUCACUAUACAAAAAGCACAUUGGCCACGCCUCUCUAUACACCUACAAAACGACCCAAAUGGUCCCGCCCAGACUUUUGAACAAUUUGAAACAUAUUUUUCUCAUUUUAUACCCCUAUAUUUCCAAGAAAUUAUCAAAUUUCGCGUACGCAUUUCCACUCGUUGAGUAACGGGUAUCUGAUGGUCGGUGAACUCGACUAUAGCAUUAUCUCUGUUAAUAUCCAGAAAAAGAACGAAAAUAAAUAUAAUAUCUAC